AUGCAUAAAUUAAUGGAUAAGAAAAAUAAAGACUUAAUAAAAAAGAAUACAGAAUUAUUAUUAGAAAUUACUAAAAUUAAUGAACAACAUGUAGAUUAUGUAAAAGAGAAUGUUAAAGAUAAAUUUACUAAUGAAAAAAAUUAUAAUAAAAUUUUAAAAGAUUUGGAUACAAAUAUUAAAGAAAUAGGAAUUUUAUUGGAGAAUACAAAAAACCUUAAAGAAAAAUUUUUAUUGUGGAGGCAGAAAAAUAAAGCGAAGUUGCAAGAAAAAGAUGUAAAUAUAAUAGAUAAAAAAAUCAAGAAGAAAAAAGUGACAAAUCAAAUUAAAAAGAAAUAA